AUGAAGGAAAAGUACUGCUUCCCAUGUUCGGUUUUAUUUGAUGAGGCGGCUACGAGUUUGAUCGAGUCCCUCUAUAUCUCCAACUGCACUUUUCAUCCCAUAGGAACACUUGGCUGCUUUAGAAGAUUGAAAAGUUUAGUUCUGUGCGGUGUUCACAUUACUGAGGAGGGACUACGACAGUUGGUCUCAAAAUCUUUCAGCUUAGAAUGGUUGGAGAUCUUUUCGUGCAAUGAGAUAAUUUGCUUGAAGAUACCUUGUACACUGCAGAAGCUCAAGCUCCUCAAGGUUGGAAGGUGUCCAAAGAUUCAGGUGAUAGAGAUCAGUGCCCCAAAUCUCUCCGCUUUUCACCAUUAUGGGUUCCCGCCAGAGAUCUAUAUUGAAGAUUCUUCCCAACUUACGGAAGUAUAUUUGUCAUCUUUAUAUCCGUCCGGAAUUCUCUCUUACAGUCGUGCGAAGCUUCCAUCUAUCGCCAGCAAUGUUGAGAGGCUUACCCUGGUGUUCUGCGGUGAGAAUGUCAACACGCCAAUGCUUCAUGAAAAGCUCCACCACCUCAAGAGUUUGGAGUUUGAAUUUCACGGCUCAGGAGCCUGCUCCCCUGUCUAUGAUAUCUUCUCUCUGGUUUCUUUUCUUGAUGCUUCUCCUGCCUUGGAAUCUUUGAUCUUGCGUGUAGCACGAAACGCCAUAGUAGAUCAUUGUGAUGCUGGGGACGAUGUAUACCUAAAGGGGAAAUCAGCAUACCAGCAUGACCGCCUCAAACGGGUGACGAUCACGGGCUUCUGUUCAGCCAAGAGCCUGAUUAAGCUUGUGAUCAGCAUCCUUGAGAGCGCUCCUUCACUCGAGCGCCUCACGCUGGAUACGACUCCGCGUGGCUGCGGUAGGAAGCUUCGCGAUACUAGCAUAUGCACCGCCGCAAAGUACAAGAGUAAAUGCUGUUGGAUAGGCGAGAGAUCCCUCGAAGAGUCUAACAGAGCUGUUGAGGCUGCAGGUAGAUACAUCGCUGGGAGAAUUCCAUCGGCUGUUGAAUUUGAGGUCCUUGAGCCCUGUAGGCGAUGCCAUACUGGCAACCCGGUAGAUGAUGUGUUAAAUAAAAGUUAG